AUGGGAGGAGCGGCGGAGCUUCGGAAUGAGCUUCCCGGCGGGCUCCUGGGACAUCUGCUGGUGGUGGCGCUCUCUCACCUGCCUCUGAUCUGGUCAUCUGAUCCCCUCCUCUCCCCCAAGGGCGUCAACUAUGAAGGUAAGGUCUUCCUAUGUGCAUAGUUGGAUGGAGUGCGUACAUGGAUAGACUGGACGAAUGCUUCUCUCUCUGUUCGACUUGACGCAGUGGCGGCGCUGAUGUCGGUGAAGAGUAAGAUGAGGUGCGCGGUUGGGGCGAUGGACGGGUGGGACAUCAACUCGGUGGACCCUUGCACUUGGUCGAUGGUCGGCUGCUCCCCCGACGGCUUCGUCAUCUCCCUGUAAGCGUCGUAUCCCUCCCGCCCUCUCUCUCUCUACAGCAUCUCCUGUUCCACUCUUUUCGGGUUCUUUGUCGCCUUCCUGACCUGGUGGUGGUGGUGGUGAAAUGGUGGCGGCGUGUGUUGCAGUGAAAUGGCCAGCAAUGGGUUCAUCGGGACGCUGUCGCCGAGCAUCGGGAAUUUGAGCCACCUCCAGACCAUGUGAGUGUUCCGUCCAUGUUUCUAGGAGAAGGCCGGAUGGGCUACAUCUUUUUUUUCCCGAGAAGUUCGGAUCUAAAUCAAAAACCUCAGCGAAUUUACAACCAUACGAUGAAAUCUGUUCUCUACCUGGUGGCUGCCUGAGCAGUGAAAGGAGGGUUGAAAAGGGUCCGAUUCCUCACAGUGGAAGGCCCCACAACGGUGGCUUCGUGGGCUCUUCAGCAAUCUGUUGUUUGGUUGCUGCAAUGCUGCUCAGUGUGGCUUUAUAUUCAUAAAUAAUUAAAAAAAAAAAUCAGUGAUCCCAUGAUGCUGCUACUGCUGAUCUUUCAUAUUCUUAGGUGUCGAUUUGAUGCUACAAGGAAGAAAAUCCUGCUGAUGUUCAUCCGAUCCUUCUUCCGAGAUCUAAUAGAUGCCAUCCUGUUUAGUCGAGAAAUAACCUUUUUCAAGCACCGUGGAUGAAAUUCGUCGGUAGAAUGAUGCUUCACAACUAGUGAAUGAAUUAUUUUUUUUGGCGCAGGUUACUGCAGAACAACAGGAUAUCAGGGCCGAUUCCUCCUGAGAUUGGGAAGCUGUCGAAGCUAAGGACUCUUGACCUCUCCGGUAACCAGUUUAUUGGGCAAAUUCCAUCUUCUCUAGGGUCCCUGAUCAAUCUAAAUUACCUGUAAGUGCGUCGAGACUCUCGCUAUGUCCGCUGAUUGCUGCGCUUACGGAGGGGAAUGUAAAUAAAAAAAAAUUCCCCUGGCCCAUUUAAAUUUUUCAGGAGGCUUAAUGGAAACAACUUAUCCGGGCCUAUCCCUGGAACUGUUGCUGGUCUCUCGGGCCUUUCGUUCUUGUAUGCUUCCCAUCCUAUGCUUGGUUGUGACUUAUUUUCAAGGUUCAUUGCUAAAAUUUGCACGACCAACAUGGUGCAGGGAUCUAUCUUUCAACAAUCUCAGCGGUCCAACUCCCAGAAUACUUGCUAAGGAUUACAGGUAAGAUGGGUGUAUUGGCCACCCAUUCAAAACAUUUUCUUUUCGGCGAUCUUGACGAGGAUAUGAAAGAAGUAUUAAGGGCCACAUGCCUGAGUUGUUCCCCGUUAAAAGCAUAUCGAGUCUUCUCUUAGCAUAAGCAACGGAGUGGAAUAGAAAUCUGCAUCCAAAAUUCAAAUCUUCACCCUUUUUAGAUUCCUAAAGCCUUCAUCUUGCUGCUUUAGAAUCUGAACGGCCCCUUGGGAAUCCGGACCGCUUUAGAGUGAUUAGCGCUCUGGAAAAUGAACCUUGAGAAUUCAUACUUUCAACAUGGAUCAAAUCUCGGAAUUGGGCACAUAAAUAUCAAUCUUUGAAUGGAUCCAAGAAACCCCCCUCCCCCGGUGGGGAAUUCAUGUAGUACAAUUUCUUCUUCUUUUUUUUUUUCCCUUUUCCCAUGGGUCUCCCUUAAACGACGUUUUCCUCUCUAGUGUUGCAGGGAACAAGUUUCUGUGCACUCCGUCAGUCUUGCAAGGGUGUGUGGAAGUCCCAGUGCCAGUCAAGGGUAAUAAUCCCUUCUGCGUUGAGUUGAUAUGCCAAUGCUCUCUGUUUUAGUUUGACGUACAUUCAAGGUAUCUGGUCCAUUUAUUUUCGCAGAAAUGGAUGCUUCAUCGAGGGCUAGCGAUCACCAAAUGGUGGUUGCCGUCUCUGUGACCCUUGGCUCAGCCCUUGCGGUCUCUUUAAUGGUGAUCGUUUGCUGGCAUCAGUGGAACAGAUGCCCUGUUGGUUUCGCUCUAGAUGGUACUCCUCACCACGGCAGUAGCCUCUCUGAAAAUCGAUUUCCUGUCAUCUAAACGGUAAAUCAGUGUUUUUUGUUUUGUUUUGCUGCAGAGCAGCAAGAUUACGAGUUUGAUAUCGGGCACUUGAAAAGGUUUACGUUUCGGGAGCUCGUAAUGGCCACGGAUAACUUCAGUCCGAAGAACAUCCUGGGCCAGGGCGGCUUCGGAGUGGUUUAUAAAGGACUCCUUCGGAAUGGUGCGGUGGUGGCCGUGAAGAGGCUGAAGGAUCCGAACUUCACCGGCGAGCUUCAGUUCCAAACGGAGGUGGAGAUGAUCGGCUUAGCCCUCCAUCGCAAUCUCCUUCGUCUGUAUGGGUUUUGCAUGACCACGAAUGAAAGGCUACUGGUUUACCCUUUCAUGCCUAAUGGCAGCGUCGCAGACCAGCUGAGAGGUUUGUCCGUCUCUGAGCGCCUCCUCGCAACUAGACAAGAUGACUCCCAACUGAAAAUAUCAUUUCAUUCUUCUGCUUGUUGAGACGACAUCACAUCGCCGGGUUUUAAUUUGUUUUUUGAGUUUGCUUCCUAAAGUCAACUCUGUUCUUCCAGGCAGGUGCGGGGAGAAACCAUCCUUGGACUGGAGCAGGCGCAUGGGCAUUGCCCUCGGAGCUGCACGGGGGCUUCUCUACCUUCACGAACAGUGCAACCCGAAGAUCAUCCACAGGGACGUGAAAGCUGCGAACAUCUUGCUCGACCAGAGCUUCGAGGCGGUGGUCGGGGAUUUCGGCCUGGCAAAGCUCCUCGACCGCCGGGACUCCCACGUCACCACCGCCGUGAGGGGCACCGUCGGCCACAUCGCCCCGGAAUAUCUGGCCACCGGGCAGUCCUCGGAGAAGACGGACGUCUUCGGCUUUGGGAUUCUCCUCCUGGAGCUGGUCACGGGGGGAAAGUCCUUGAGCGCCGGCAAUGGCCAUGCCCACAAAGGGAUGAUGUUCCUCGACUGGGUAAGCGGCGGCGGCGGCGGCGGCGUCUUGUCUCCCUCUCCUUUCAGUCUCUUGGAUGUUCGGUUCUUACCUUUCAUCUUGACCUGUCUUUCAUUCUUGAUGUUCUUAAUAAUUCGCAGGUGAGGGGUGCGUACGAGGGGAAGAGGCUGGAGACAUUGGUGGAUAAGGAGCUCUGUGGGUCUGUUGAUGAGAUGGAGCUGGAGAAUGCCGUAAGGCUGGCCCUGCUCUGCACCCAGGCCCUCCCUGGCCUCCGGCCGAAGAUGUCGGAGAUUGUGAAGGAAUUGGAAGGUGGGUCCGCCGCCGGGGCCCCAGGAGAGGAAUCUAUGGCGGCCAACCUCUGCGAAAGAUCGUGCAGUUUCUCCAGAGGCCACGAGUACCCCCCACCGGAUGAGUCCUCCUUCAUCAUCGAACCGAUUGAGCUCUCGGGCCCCAGAUGA